AUGAACGGUAGCGGUUCGACUGCGAAGGAAUCCUUGUUCAAUCCGACACCCCGCAAACUCGGCCUUCCCGAAGACAAUACCAUGACUCCUUACAAUGGCGUGCGGUCGAUUUUCGACAACUCCUCUGGGUCACGCCAAUUAACCGACGAACACACAAACCAAGAGCGAGCAAUAUCCAAAGCGAAACUUGCCGACGAGAAUAUAGCGCCUUUCCUGGCCAAACACAUCCCAAGCCAAUAUGCUCCCCUUGGCGCAGAUGCUAGCAAAACGACAGGACCUCCACGCCCUAUGAACUCGAGGUACUGUUACCGUCAUAGGCCUGAUCUAAAAUGUCGGCGGCAAGCUGAUGAACCAUCGAUGGAUCACCUGCAAUGGGAAUUGCAAUCUCUGUCGCAAAGCGAUCAACAAGGUAUAGCUCAUGUGUGGUCGUUGUUUUCAGCUGCCCCCGCAAAACAGCGAGAGCUUAUGCUUCGGGGCAUUCUCGCCCAAUGCUGCUUUCCUCAAUUGUCUUUAAUAUCCAGCAGUGUACGAGACCUCAUUCGUAUCGAUUUUAUUACCGCUCUGCCCCCUGAAAUUUCUUUCAAGAUCCUUUCCUACCUCGACACCGCUUCCCUCUGCCGCGCUGCCCAAGUGUCCCGGGCCUGGAAAUGUUUGGCCGACGAUGAUGUAGUUUGGCACAGAAUGUGUGAACAACAUAUCCAUCGCAAAUGUACCAAAUGCGGGUGGGGACUACCAUUGCUAGAACGCAAACGGUUGCGAGCUUCAAAGGAACAAAUCGAGAAGCGUGCUCUAGGUGUUUCCGUGGCCCCUGACUCAUCUACCAUUGCUGUACAAACGGUUGAUGCAACUUCGGGAGUGAAGCGUACAGCUGAGGAUCUAGAAGGGUCCGAUUCUCAGGUUGUUAAACGCCAGCGCCUACCGACAGAAGAUACUGAACUACACAGAACGAACGUCCGACCCUGGAAGGACGUUUACAAGGAUCGUUUCAAAGUUGGAACCAACUGGAAAUAUGGACGAUGCUCGGUCAAAGUUUUCAAAGGCCACACAAAUGGUGUCAUGUGCCUGCAAUUUGAAGAUAACAUUCUCGCCACGGGCUCUUAUGAUAUGACCAUCAAGAUAUGGGACAUGGAGACCGGCGAGGAACUUCGCACUCUUACCGGCCACACCUCGGGUAUUCGUUGCUUACAGUUUGAUGAUACCAAACUCAUUAGUGGAAGUAUAGAUCGCACUUUGAAGGUAUGGAACUGGCGGACUGGGGAAUGUAUUUCCACGUAUACCGGUCAUCUUGGUGGUAUCAUCGGAUUACAUUUCGAAAAUAGCGUGCUGGCCUCUGGAUCGAUCGAUAACACCGUGAAGAUCUGGAACUUUGAGGACAAGUCUACGUUCCUUCUAAGAGGCCAUUCUGACUGGGUCAACGCCGUACGUGUUGACAGUGCCUCACGAACUGUUCUAUCUGCUUCAGACGACUGCACAGUCAAGCUGUGGGAUCUCGACUCCAAGCAAUGCAUUCGAACUUUCCAAGGUCACGUUGGUCAGGUACAACAAGUCAUUCCAUUGCCAAAGGAAUUCGAGUUUGAAGAGGAUCACGACGCAGGUCACGAGGAAGAUAGUAACGCGUCCGUCUCCGGAGAUGAGUCACCCUUGCGUCAAGAGCCCUGCUCUCCAGGAGCGUCGUUCUUUGAAGGUGACCGUCCUGCACCUCCACGAUAUAUCCUCACCAGCGCUCUCGACUCGACUAUUCGCUUAUGGGAAACCUAUAGUGGACGCUGCCUACGCACCUUUUUCGGGCAUUUGGAAGGCGUCUGGGCAUUGUCUGCCGAUACGCUGCGCAUUGUGUCUGGUGCCGAGGAUCGAAUGGUGAAGAUAUGGGAUCCUAGGACUGGCAAAUGCGAACGUACCUUCACUGGACAUUCCGGUCCCGUCACCUGCGUUGGAUUGGGUGACAGCUGUUUUGUGACAGGCAGCGAAGACUGUGAAGUACGCAUUCAUAGUUUCAAGAACUGAAACAUUCCCAAUGUUCUCUACCUACUUUUUAUUCGACUGUUUUCUCUUCGUUUUUCUGCUUCUUCUCCCCGUGUGGGACAAUAUAUUAUACCCUGCUCAGCAUUGCGAAGGUUCGACAAGCAUUCUUCCUCCUUUUUACUAGAGUUUUUGUUCUAUAGACGUCAACGGAUAUGGGAUUCUCGGUUUUUCUAUAGGGCAGGUUAUCCCUCGUGAAGAAAGGCGUUUGGCUUUUUUGUACAUAACUUAUUCUCAGUGCAUGUACGGUCAAAUUCGGGAGUUAAGUGACUUCCAUGGCCAUCAAGAAUUAGCAUUCG